UCUAAUUCCUUCUAUUCCUCUCUACAAAGUAUACCUGCAGUCCCAAGACAUGUCCUGCUACACCCAGUGUGUGCCAUGCCGACCCUGCGGCCCGACCCCUCUGGCCAGCAGCUGCAAUGAGCCCUGUGUCAGGCAGUGCCAGAACUCCACCAUCGCCAUCGAGCCCUCUCCCGUGGUGGUGACCCUGCCCGGACCCAUCCUCAGCUCCUUCCCGCAGAACACCGCUGUGGGCUCCUCCACCUCCGCUGCUGUUGGCAGCAUCCUCAGCUCUGAGGGCGUGCCCAUCACCUCGGGGGGCUUUGACUUGUCCGGCUUGGGCAGCCGCUACUGUGGCAGAAGGUGCCCGCCCUGCUGAAGCCGCUGGCCGUGGUCCGGGAGAAAUUCGUCCAUGAACCACGAACAGGAUGCUGCAUCAAGAAGGAAUUUUCAAGCCACAUCUUUCAGAAUACCUGACCAGCCUCAGAUUUUCUAGGAAAUACUGCCAGGAAGAGGCAAGCAUGGGCUUUCUGACAACCUGGCUCAUGUCUCAGCUUCCAUUCCUCAGUCCACCUACCUAUCUCUGCACUUUUUCUACAGUAUUUUUUCCUAUGAUAUGCGAGGUUCCCCAGAACUAGUCCAUACCCUGCUAGAAAAUAAGGCACAUUCCCUGCAUGAACUCAAACAUGGGAUCAUGUAAGUCCUGUACUGUGAAGCCUCUGCUCGAAGUAAUCUCAUCUUCCUCUGUGAAUAUUCAUUAAAUAUUUCUGCAUUUUAGUUUAUGUCU